AUGACAAGUUAUCCAUCGUAUAUGGAUCAUCAUGCAAAUUUUGAUCACCCCACUACUGUGGCAAAUUGGGGUACUGUUAUGAGUACCACAACUCCCAAGAACAACAAUCAUUCAACAACAUACUUUAGUUGGACUGUUUCUUUCGGAUUAUGUUUCGCUUCUUUCUUUCUUGUUAUAACCGUCGUUUCAUGGUAUAUUCGACAGCGGCGACUACAAGCUUUACAACAAAGUUCUAUAUCUUCGCGUCGUUUUUCUCGUGAUCCGGUGUCUAUGUCACGUCCUCCAUCGACUGUAAAUGAAGUAACAGUUCCGCCGUCAUAUGAGGAUUGCGUUCAAGCUAGAGGUGGCGCUUCAAAAGAUCAGAUAACUGGUGAUGAGGCCUUGCCUGAUUAUACAAACGUUUCAAAUAAUAAUGAAUCUACGGAACCUCCUUCGCCUACUACGACAAAUGGAGGCAAUAGUAAUGAACUUAUGACAAAAUACUUAGAAUGCGUCCCUUAUGAUAUUUAUUCUAGUCCAGCUUAUUAUCAUAGUUUUACUUCUUACGGCGACUAG